AUGUGGUCUGCGAAUACGGGAGGCUUCCUCGUCCUGGCCGACUCCAUGAUCAAAAGCGACGAAACCAAAGGGGUGGUUCAAGGUGCCAGGGACAACCUGAUCAAUGAGUGCACGAACAUGGGCCUGAUCAGCGCCUUGAUGCUUACCAUGAUCCUCCCCAUGGCGUAUGAUCACGUCAACGAUUGGCUCGAGGAGGAUUACCCUGGAAGUGGUUUCAUCUUCUUGGACAGCUACAUUGGCCAACAGAUUGGUGAGGCCUCGGUGUAUGCGGCGUCUCCUACGUUGAAUGACUUUGUCCUGGUUUUCUACGUGAUUGGCUUCGCAGGAUACCUCUUUUCGACUAUCAUGACAGUCGUCAUGCUUCUUUGUGUGGGAGAGGUGCAGACCGAGAUGGGCUGUCAUGUCUACCUGAAGAAUAUCGGGUUCAUGUCGCGCAUGCCCUUCUUGUGCUUUAUAAUGGGGUGCUUUUUCGCCGUGGCGUCGGCCCUGCGUUUCAUGGCCACCCCGAAGACUCCGGCAGGAUUUGUCGUGCUGGGAAUGGUCUGUCUCUUCUUGGUUGCGGGCAUGUUCUUCGGGUCGCCGGUGCUCAUCCAAGCCGCUAUCAAGGCUCACAACGUCAUCCACGAGUAUGAAGCUCGGCGUUCGUCGAAGAGCUUAUGUACAUAUAUAUAUAUAUAUAUAUACAUAUGCAUUGUGUAUUUGCACAUAGACGUAUGGAUAGCUGGAUUUUUUGCGCUAUAUUGGCUUAAGCUUCGUGCUUUAAGACAAGCCCAGGAAGACCUGCGAUUGAGUCUCUCAGAGGCCGAAGAAGACGUCGAGUGCUGGUUCUCUCACAACCCCGACGGUGGGCCUCUCACAGAUUGCCUUCAGGAGUUGGGGCGCUUUGUGGAUUUAGGGUGUAGGGUUUAG